AGGUGGACAGCAGAUUGUGUGCCUCUGCCUAAGGGCUGAGCGGGAGGGAACUACUGUUUUUUUUCCCCCCCAAAUAAGACAACCAGAGGCAGCCCCUUCGGCUUCUUCUCGCUGCCGCAACCCCGCGGGCCCGUGGGGAACGUGGGUGCAGGCGGCCGUGGCUCAGACGCGGCCAGCGCCAGCCGGGGACAGCAGCCCCUCCGCAGAGCCCCGGGAGCAGGCCGAGCGGGGACCCACGGACUGGACCGGCCACCUAGGGCGCCCUCCUGUGGCCACGUCCUGCCGUCUCCUUGGUGUGUGCAUGCAUGAACGCGAGGGGGCGCCCCAGCACGGAAGCUAGCUCUUCUGUCCAACUUUUACUGGUUUAAUUUUCGGGCGCCCGGCGCAGAACCGAAGAGGCUGGAGGGAGGAGGUUUUUUCCUCCCACGCAUCCGCGCCCUGAUUGGCCCUCUCCCGGGUUCCGUCCUGUCCAGAAAGACUUCUGGCUCGCUAGGGAGACACAGAGCAGAAUCGGGCUUACCUGUCCGCGCCAGGUCCAGCUGGGGGCGCCGGGAUGGCGCUCUUGUUGGGGUUCGCCAGCCUCCUGGUGGUGCCGCUGAGCUCAGCGCGCUGUGCGGACCCCCUCCCGGCCGAGGAAAACCAAUCUCCGGUUAUAAACAUGAAGCUGGAUCCCCGGAAAAAACUGUUGACCUGGAGUUACCGCACAAACGUCACGGAGCAGGAGUGCCAAAUGGACACCCCGCCCAACUCCUCCACCAGGCAGACCCCUGAGCCUGCAGACCACGACGCGUACUCCUGCCACUUCCCCAACGCGGUGCUGCACCGGGGCGCCUUCCUGACCGUGCGCGGGACCGCGGGCGGCGCCGCCUUCCGCUGCGCGCUGCACUUCCAGAACGCAGGCCGGGAAGGGUCCGGGGCCGUGAACUUCUCGUGCGUCAUCUACAACGUGCAGCUCCUGAACUGCAGCUGGGCGCCCGGCCCCGCCGCGCCCGCCGACGUCCAGUACCAGCUGCACUGCUGGGCGUGCCGGGAGGAGGAAGAAAUCGAAUGUCCCCACUACAUCCUGGACGGCGCGGGGACGCGCGUGGGCUGCCAUUUCGACGCUCUCCCAGAGCCGCGGCUGACGGACUCGUACGUUUUCCUGCUGAACGGAACCAGCCCAGAGACGGAGGUGCAGUUCGUGGACUUCCCGCCGUUCAGAGCCAUUCAAAUGGAGAAGCUGAACCCCCCCGCCAACCUGACGGUCGACUACAAUGGGUCCCACCACAUCAUCCAGUGGGACAACCCCAAGAUGCGAUUCGACUUUCCCAGGAACAGCCUGUGCUAUGAAGUGGACAUCCAAGUGGCGGGCACCUCGUCCCAGGAAGACCCCGUGUCCCAGUGCAGACAGGAGGAGAAUGUGUACGUGGUGCCCUACGCAGCCGUGAGAGGCGGGCGCUCCGUCCGCCUGAGAGGGAGGACGCUGACCAGCGCCAUGUGGAGCGAGUGGAGCGCCACGGUGCCUUUCGCAGGCCACCCGGAGCCGGAGGUCAGCGGCACCGCCGUGGCCCUGGUGGGGCUGCUGGUGGGGGCGGUGGUUCUACUCGUCUCCAUCCUGACAUUCCUCUGUACCAGGUGGCCCCUGAGGCGGACGCUCUUCCCACCGGUGCCACAGGUGAAGCCGGAGCUGGUGGGCAGCCUUGCGCCCUCGCCCAAGAUCCUCUGGGCCGGGGGCCACCGGCCGCCGAGCUUCCCGGAACCCGAGGACAUUGUGGCUGUGGAGGAAAUGCUGCCCUGUGUGAGCGGACCGGCAGCACCCGCAACCCGCGGGCCCAGCCCCGCCCCGCCCCAGCUCUGAAGACACCAGUUCCGAACUUCUUCCUCUCCAUGUGCAGAACUUCUGACUCGAGUCCAAAGCGCCCCCCCCGCCCCGCCCCUGGGAUCCCGGCCACGUCGUGGCCUUUUCUA